UUAAGUUAAUACAACACUACCGGCGUAGCCACUGUCCGCGUUGAACGUGGCGAAUCCACUCACCCGUUAUUAAAUUAUACAGUUUAAUAAUAUGGGUUUUAAUUUCUAAAUGUGACGUGAUUGAUAUUUCACAUUGUUUGUGCAAGUGUUGUGUUCUGUGACUUUAUAAAAGUUUUAAAAAAAAAACGGAUAAUUUUUGAUAAAUAAAAUAAUUGAUAGCAAUAUGUCGAAUCCAACUGAUUUCAAAUCUGAGCGAGUGAAGCGGAUGUUUAGCUGGACUACGGGCGAGACAUCGCCUCCGUCGCCCAUCGGCGAUGCGAAGGAGUCCAAAAUAGGCCAGAUACAAUUCUCAGUACCGAUCGACAAACAGGAAAGCACGAUAUGGCAAAAGAGACAGCAAGCAGUCUGCGUGCGGCACGCCUUCAAACACUACGGGUCUAACAAACGGCCCAACCACGUCCUCAGCAACCUCAACAUGACCGUCGCUAAAGGCACCAUAUACGGUCUACUUGGUGCGUCGGGCUGUGGGAAGACCACGCUUCUGUCUUGCAUCGUGGGCAGACGGAAAUUAAACAGCGGCGAGAUAUGGGUGCUCGGAGGGAAGCCUGGAACAAAAGGGUCUGGUGUCCCCGGGAAACGCGUCGGCUACAUGCCUCAGGAGAUAGCUCUGUACGGAGAGUUCACUAUCAAGGAGACCAUGAUGUACUUCGGCUGGAUCUUCGGGAUGGAGACGAAGGAGAUCGUGGAUCGUCUUCGGUUCCUACUUGACUUUUUGGACCUGCCCAGCGAGAACCGAAUGGUCAAGAACUUGAGUGGAGGGCAGCAACGAAGAGUCUCGUUCGCUGUAGCGCUGAUGCACGACCCCGAACUCCUGAUCUUGGACGAGCCGACGGUCGGAGUGGAUCCACUGCUGAGGCAGUCGAUCUGGACCCAUUUGGUUCGGAUCACCAGCUCCGGAGACAAGACCGUUAUUAUCACCACUCAUUACAUUGAGGAGGCCAGGCAGGCGCACUGCAUUGGUCUGAUGAGGAGCGGUCGUCUCCUCGCCGAGGAGUCCCCUCAGGCCUUACUUAGAAUGUACAGCUGCAUAUCGUUGGAAGAUGUCUUCCUAAAACUAUCCAGAAAACAGGGUCAAUCGAAUCAAGUAGUGGAACUAAACGUGACCGGCGGAGGAGCCCUCGGUCUGAACAAGAUGUGCAAGCGCGAGGAGGCGCCCUACGCGGCCGAGGACGGGCAGGUCGUGGGCCUGAACUUCCACCAGUCCAAAGAGGUGCUCAUUGUAGACCACGGAGCUGGGUCUAACGGAGACAUUCCCGGUAAAGUCACGGAGGUCGUGGCCGCGGAGUGCGAAGACUGCGGGAAUUGUUUCAAUCUGACGUCAAGAGGGAAGAUAAAAGCGUUGAUCCAGAAGAACUUCCUGCGCAUGUGGAGGAACAUCGGCGUGAUGCUGUUCAUCUUCGUUCUCCCAGUGAUGCAAGUCAUUCUCUUCUGUCUGGCCAUCGGAAGGGAUCCGACAGGACUACGGAUCGCCGUAGUCAACGAAGACGUGAGGAUAAUAGACGGCGACUGUCCCUACAACCACACCUGCUCAAUGAAGAACCUCUCCUGCCGAUACCUGGACAACCUGAGCGACCACAUGAUAAAGGAGUACUACGCUGAUCUGUCGUCAGCGCUGGAUGCUGUCCGUCAGGGUGAAGCCUGGGGCGCUCUGUACUUCAAUGAGAAUUAUACGGAUUCUUUGGUCGCUAGAUUGGCUCUGGCUGACACGGCCGAUGAAGAGACAGUGACGUCGUCCGAGGUUCAAGUCUGGCUGGACAUGUCCAACCAGCAGAUCGGACUUAUGCUCAACCGGGACAUACAGUUCUCGUACAGGGACUUCGCUAAGGGCCUGCUGGAGACUUGCGACUACAACCCGAAGCUGGGCGACAUCCCGAUCGACUUCAUGGACCCCAUAUACGGGAAUAAGAACCCUUCGUUCACAGACUUCGUAGCUCCCGGCGUCAUAUUAACCAUCGUAUUCUUCCUCGCCGUGGCCUUGACAUCGUCAGCGUUGAUCGUGGAACGGAUGGAGGGCCUCCUAGACCGAUCCUGGGUGGCAGGAGUGUCUCCCGGAGAGAUCCUGUUCUCGCACGUCGUCACCCAGUUCGUGGUGAUGUGCGGGCAGACGGCGCUGGUGCUCAUCUUCAUGAUAUCGGUGUUCGGCGUCAAGAAUAAUGGGAACAUCGUCUUCGUUAUCAUGCUGACUUUGCUGCAAGGUCUGUGCGGCAUGUGCUUCGGGUUCGUGAUAUCGGCCGCCUGCGAGCUAGAGCGGAACGCGAUCCAGCUGGCCCUGGGUUCGUUCUACCCCACGCUGCUGCUGAGCGGGGUGAUCUGGCCCAUCGAAGGGAUGCCCUGGAUCCUGCGCUACGUGUCCCUCUGCCUGCCCCUCACCCUGGCCACGAACUCGCUGCGGUCCAUCCUGACGCGGGGCUGGCCCUUCACGGACUCGGACGUGUACAUGGGCUUCGUGUCGACGUUGGCCUGGAUCGCGCUCUUCCUCAUCGUAACCCUCACGAUCCUGAAAUUCAAACGGAAUUAAAUGCGAAAUCCUGGACGGAUCGCGCUACGGACUCGGUUGUGUGACGCGGUGAGGUGUUAGCUUAUGUACCGUAUGAUUACAGUCGAAACAUUCCCUCGUGAGUGUUUCGACUGGAUUAUAUUAAUAGUAAUUAGGGAGCGCAUGGCGGCUGGCGGGCGAGGCCGCUGUUUGUCCCUUAAAUGACUUUAGUCGCAAUGUAAAUAGUAGUACUGUAUUUAUAAACGAGCUGUAGAGUACGCACGUACACGGCGGGUACCCGGGCGACGCUUUUAGUUAUUUAAUUUCGGAUAGAACGUUCUAGAAGUUAGUUCAACGAUCGAAACGUUACUGGGAUGUGAACGGCUGAUAGGCAGGGCGCAGCGACGAAACACGUUGUGGAUUUAAUACAUACGAUAAUAAUACUGGUAAAGGACUUUUUUUUUUUGUAAUAUAAGGAACAUUGUAUCGACAUGAAAUGUUAGAGAUAAUUGAACACGUGAGUUACCAUAGAUUAAGAUGGUGCCAUAGACGAGUGUGGUUUUUAUGAAGAACCAUCACAAUUACACGGGAGCGGAUACAGGGUUUUUGUUUGGGAACAAUUUUAUAGUCGAAUUUCCUUUAAGUUUCCCAAGUUUUUAUAGCGUCACAAGAUUCAGUAAUAAUUCGUUAAAAAAAAGCUUGAGAUGCUCAUUUUAUUACAUAUCUUUUUUAUUAUAAAGAACCACCUAAUAUUACAAUCGUCUUAUGACGAUGUUUUUUUUUUAAUUGUGUGAAGUAUGUAAAUCUAAUAAAUGUUUGCGUUCUCAGAGCUCGUAUUGUGUAAUUUAAGUAUUCACCAUUACUGCAGGACCGUAAAUAAAUAUAACAUUGUCAAGACUGAAUAUCGCAUUUGCAAUGUUUGAAUUUUUACAUAAAAUCGACAGAUUUAUUUGUUGGUUGAACGAUUUUUAGUAACAAUAAGGCGUUCAACCAUAGUGGAGCCUUCCUGUAUCCGCGCCCGCGAACUUCACUUGCAUUGCAUCAAACGUUAUCCGAAUACUGCUCAAUCAAAACCGAAAGACGAUUUAAUCGAGACAUCAUCAAGAAAACGCCAUCUUGAAUUCGACAAUAUAAUUUAGUCGAUUUGUUUCAAAGGCUGUGCCAAUUCAAUUCUAAUAUAUCUGUGUUAGAGCAAUUUAUUAUUGAUUUAAAUAAGAAUACACCAGACUCAAAUCUGGCAAAAAAUAAAGGAUAUUUGAAGUCAAUCGGUCGAUUACUUAGAAAUUAAUAAAGCUGAUUAAAGUUUGUUUCAAAUCAAUUUAGAUUAUCUAUGCUGUACUAGUAAAUAUUUUUGACAGAUUCCUUGUGAAACUGAUCGACUUUCUUUCAUCAGCGUAGUGAAAUAGAACCUUACUUUAGUAAUUGUACAGUUAGCACGGUAUAUACACUUCGGUGAAUAUGUUUAGUUUUAAUUGCGGCGUAAUUAUUUAGAUACAAAGUGCGAGGUGUCACUGCUAUCGAUAAUUUUUGAAUCAUAUCGAUUUUAAUGAAUUUUUUUUAAUGAAUUUCACGCUAAUGUCUACUCUGGUUGGUCGAAGUAAUCGGUGUGCACUUAACAUCGAUGCGAACGGUCUACACGUUAAGUUGUUGUACGUUGAAAGUGUUACACUGUGAUUGUUUGUAUGCUAGUUUUGACAUUUUUUUGUAAUGACAAUUAUACAAUAAAACUGUACCAAAUAUUUAA